UUAUUGACAUUCUAUCUGAGGAACUGUACAUCAAGAUGAGGACACGCCACCCAAUCCAUCAAUUGAUAAAAUCGAUAGCAAAAAAAAUAUAUAGAGAUUACAUACAUACACAUGAUUACAAAUUACACAAAUUUUCUGCUACCGAUUACUAAAGAUUACCGAUAAACAGUAAAUCUAUGACUAUCGAUUAUAUCGAACAAGUGUACCCAAAACCAGGCCUUGACACAUAACGUGACUCGUCACAAUGUCAAUUGACAUAAACCAAGCGCGCAUAUUUUGUCUAAGUAAAACAUCAAAGACUAUACCUGUUGCCGCAAAAAAAAAAACCUAUGGAAAAUGUCGAUGGCGAGGGAUAUAGCGAGAAAAGGACCCUUUCUCGUGGAGGACUUAUGAGUGAAGGUCGGCAAGAGGAGAGUUCAUGUGACGGUUCCCGCGCUUGGUUUGUGUGUUUCGCUGCCUUUGUGGUAAGCGUAUUGAUCAUCAGUUGUUCUCAGACGUACGGUACGAUUUUCCCCGUUCUUCUCGACGAGUUUCAAGAAGGCAAGGCGAAAACAGCAUGGGUCGGCUCCUUGGCCAUCGCUCUGUCCAUGACCUUCUCCCCAAUCGCCGCCAAGUUCAUCGAGCGAUUUGGACCUCGCCUCGUGUCCCUUAUCGGGGGCAUCGUCGCCGCACUGGGGCUUUUUAUCACGUCCCAGAUCAGCACCAUAGAUAUCAUGUACCUGACGUAUAGUGUGGUGUUCGGGUUUGGCUCAUCUUGCUUGUACACGUCGGCGUAUGCGGUCGUGCCGGGGCACUUCAUCAAGUGGCAGUCGACUGCUAUCGGAGUGAUGGGUAGUUCUGUCGGGAUCUCUCUCAUGUCCAGUAUGCUCAUCAAGACUUUGUUGUCCAAGUACGGCUGGAGAACGACAUUUAUGGUCAUGGGGGGGUUUGCACUGGCUAGUGCUGUUAUAGGAGGGAUUUCCUUUGUGUCAAACACCACAAGAACAAGGGGUUCGUUAAACGAUCACGUGUCGAAUGAUCACGUGACGCUUGGUGAUGACGCGCCUUUAUGGAAGAACAAGCAGUUGCUGGUGUGCGCAGGCGCCUGCUUUGUUGUGCAGUUUGGAAACACAAUACCACUUGUUCAUUUGGGCCGCUAUGUCCAGGAUGUGGGUCUAUCGUCAACCCAGGCCGCCUGGCUUUAUAUCGGUUCUGGCGUAAGCUCAACCGUGGGCAGACUGUGUGGAGGGAGACUGGGUGACGUCAUGUCCAUAUACUCCGUGUAUAUCUAUGGAUUCUCAUGUUUGAUUGCAGGGUUGUCCACGAUUUCCGUAUCGUUCACCACAGCCUUCCCGGUACUGAUGGUGUGUUACUGUGUGAAUGGUCUAGCUGAGGGCCAUUACGUCUCGUGUGGGAACAUAAUAAUCGUUCGCGCAUGCUCAGCUCGUACUAUUGCACGCGGGUUUGGAUUAUUCUUCUGUGUCAUCUCGCUGGCGUAUGCGACCGGGCCUGUAUUUGGAGGUUGGUUGGCGGAUGAAGUCGGCUCAUAUGUACCCGUCCUACAGGCGGCAGGGGCGAUCUCGUGCUCAGGCUCUCUCAUCAUUUCCUCUCUUAAGUGCAUAAUGACUACAGCUAAACCACGCAAGCAUGUACCACUAUGUACUGGACCCGAGAUUCUUUACGUGUGGGAGAAAUUAACUGUUUUAUAGCCACAGCCACCCAAGCAAGUACAGCUAUGUGUAAGACCACGCAAGCAAGUACAGCUAUGUGUAAGACCACGCAAGCAAGUACAGCUAUGUGUCAGACCACCCAAGCAAGUAUGGCUAUGGCUAAUGUUACCCAAGCAAGUACAGCUAUGUGUAAGGUUACCCAAGCAAGUACAGCUAUGCAAAAGGUUACCCAAGCAAGUACAGAUAUGUGUAAGGUUACCCAAGCAAGUACAGAUAUGUGUAAGGUUACCCAAGCAAGUACAGAUAUGUGUAAGGUUACCCAAGCAAGUACAGAUAUGUGUAAGGUUACCCAAGCAAGUACAGCUAUGUAUAAGGUUACCCAAGCAAGUACAGCUAUGUGUAAGGUUACCCAAGCAAGUACAGAUAUGUGUAAGGUUACCCAAGCAAGUACAGAUAUGUGUAAGGUUACCCAAGCAAGUACAGAUAUGUGUAAGGUUACCAAAGUAAGUACAGAUAUGUGUAAGGUUACCCAAGCAAGUACAGAUAUGUGUAAGGUUACCCAAGCAAGUACAGAUAUGUGUAAGGUUACCCAAGCAAGUACAGCUAUGUGUAAGGUUACCCAAGCAAGUACAGAUAUGUGUAAGGUUACCCAAGCAAGUACAGAUAUGUGUAAGGUUACCCAAGCAAGUACAGAUAUGUGUAAGGUUACCCAAGCAAGUACAGAUAUGUGUAAGGUUACCCAAGCAAGUACAGAUAUGUGUAAGGUUACCCAAGCAAGUACAGAUAUGUGUAAGGUUACCCAAGCAAGUACAGAUAUGUGUAAGGUUACCAAAGUAAGUACAGAUAUGUGUAAGGUUACCCAAGCAAGUACAGAUAUGUGUAAGGUUACCCAAGCAAGUAUGGUUAUGUGUAAGGUUACCCAAGCAAGUACACCUAUGUGUAAGGUUACCCAAGCAAGUAGUUUAGUUUCAGUUUCAGUUUAUUGUUUUGUCACUUAAUACAUUUUUUAAAUAAAGAUAAUAAUAUAAUAAUUUACAUAGUGUGACAAGGAGGACCGUAAGAAACCGCAAGGCUUAUACGAGACGGUCCUCCUAAAUCUUAACAGAAAAUACUUAUUUGAUAGUUCGGACAGUCAGAUUAAUUAUAUAAAUAUUUGUUAGGAGAGCUUUCAUAUUUUUUUUCAUACUUAUAUAAAAAAACACACACACAAACACAAAUCGAGAAAGAAAAAAAAUUAAGAGUUAAUAAGAGAAGUCUUUAACUUAUUACAAAAAGAGUUAAGCGUUUUGGCAGACUGAAUAUCAAAAGACAAUGAAUUGAAAUAUUUACGUCCCUGAUGUCUUAACGCAAACUUAUGUAUAUUUGUUCUAAACUUUGAAAUAUGGAACAAGUUAGAGCUUCUCGUGUAAUAAUCGUGAAUUUGAGAGUUCAAUUGAAAUAUCCUGUUAAGUGUCUGGGGGAGUAACCCAUUUUUAAAUUGAUACAUUAACUUACCUAUUUGAAAUAAAAAUAAAUAAUUGAAUUUCAAUAUGUUUAGAUUUCUGUAUAUCGGAUCAGUGUGUGCAUCAUAGGAUGCUCCAACAAUUAUACGUAUUGCUCGUUUUAGGAGCAUGAGAAUAUGAUUUAAAUUAGAUGGAUAAGUGGAUCCCCAAACACUAACACAGUAUUGCAAAAAUGGAUAUAACAAAGAUUGAUACAACGUCAAUAGUGAUUGCUUUGAAAGGCAAAAACUUGCUUUAUACAUAAUUCCUACAGCUUUUGAAACCUUACGCGCGACAUUGGUAAUAUGUGGUAACCAUGUCAAGUGUUCGUCAAGAAUAACACCUAAAAAUAUUGUUUCUUUGACUCGCUUUAUAUUCUGAUCACCUAAGGUGACCUUUAUAUCAAGGUUUUGCCUUUUUUGCCGUGGCCUAAAGAUAAUAUAGUUUGAUUUUUUUAUAUUUAUAGAUAACUUGAUUGCACAAAACCAAUCUGUUAAUUUGGUAAGUUCAUUAUUGAUUGUGAGACAUAAUGAGUCUAAGUUUUUAUGGGAGAAAAAUAUACUUGUAUCAUCAGCAAAUAAAAGUAUGUCUAAGGCGGUCAAAA